CGCCGUCUCCGGCACCUGGGAGCCGCUCCCGAGGCAGAUGUCCCUUUAAGGUCCGCGUCGGACCCGGCGGACUUGGCCCCACGCGCCGCGCGGCUGUAUUUGUCCAUGUCCCCGCGCUGGGCGGCCGCCAGCGGCAGCGCGGAGGGGCGGGCGGCGCGGCGCCUGCGAUGUGACCCGCGUGGAGCGGACUGAGAAGCCUUCGUGGGAAGCACCGGGCAGCACUCGGCGGCUCCCGGGCGCCCCGGCGGCGCGACAGGCAGCGACCCCGACCCGCAGCGGAGGGCGGCGGCGGAGGGGCCCCGCGCGCGGCUCCGGCCCCGGUCCGGCGGCUCCACCCGGCGCCCCGCGGCCGCUCCGGCCAUGGCCCCCCGGCGCCCCGCCCGCCCCGGGCUCGCCGUCACCGGCUGCUGGCUCCUCACCGUUGUGCUCCGCCUCUGCGUGGCCUUCAACGUGGACGUGAAGAAUUCGCUGACCUUCAGCGGCCCCGUGGAGGACCUGUUCGGCUACACUGUGCAGCAGUACGAAAACGAGGAAGGCAAAUGGGUGCUCAUCGGCUCCCCGCUGGUUGGCCAGCCCAAGAACAGGACGGGUGACGUCUACAAGUGUCCCGUGGGGAGGGGAGAGGCACUGCCCUGCGUAAAGUUGGAUCUACCAGUCAACACAUCGAUUCCCAACGUCACGGAGGUGAAGGAGAACAUGACCUUCGGAGCCACGUUAGUCACCAACCCGAAGGGGGGGUUCCUGGCGUGCGGGCCCCUCUACGCCUACCGAUGUGGCCACCUGCACUACACGACCGGCAUCUGCUCUGACGUCAGCCCCGCGUUCCAGGUGGUGAACUCCAUCGCCCCCGUGCAAGAGUGCGGCACGCAGCUGGACAUCGUCAUCGUGCUGGACGGCUCCAACAGCAUCUACCCCUGGGACAGCGUCACCGCCUUCCUCAAAAACCUGCUGGAGCGCAUGGACAUCGGCCCCAAGCAGACGCAGGUCGGGAUCGUGCAGUACGGAGAGAACGUGACCCACGAGUUCAACCUCAACACCUACUCCUCCACGGAGGACGUGCUCCUCGCUGCCAACAAAAUCAUCCAGAGAGGCGGCCGCCAGACCAUGACCGCCCUCGGGAUCGACACAGCCAGGAAGGAGGCUUUCAUGGAGGCCAGGGGCGCCCGCAGGGGCGUCAAGAAAGUCAUGGUGAUCGUGACAGACGGGGAGUCCCAUGACAACCACCGGCUGCCCCAGGUCAUCCAGGACUGCGAGGGGGAUGGCAUCCAGCGGUUCUCCAUUGCGAUUCUCGGCAGCUACAACCGCGGGAACCUGAGCACCGAGAAGUUCGUGGAGGAGAUCAAGUCCAUCGCCAGCGCGCCCACCGAGAAGCACUUCUUCAACGUGUCGGACGAGCUGGCCCUGGUCACCAUCGUGGAGGCGCUGGGAGAGAGGAUCUUCGCCCUCGAAGCCACCGCCGACCAGGCCGCAGCCUCCUUUGAGAUGGAAAUGUCACAGACCGGCUUCAGCGCGCACUACUCCCAGGACUGGGUCAUGCUCGGAGCUGUCGGCGCCUACGACUGGAACGGGACGGUCGUCAUGCAGAAGGGGAAUCAGAUCAUCAUCCCCCAAAACACCACCUUCAAUGUGAAGUCUUCCAAAAAGAAUGAGCCCCUGGCCUCCUACUUAGGCUAUGCGGUGAACUCGGCCACCGUCCCCGGGGGAGACGUGCUGUACAUCGCGGGCCAGCCCCGCUACAACCACACCGGGCAGGUCAUCGUCUACAGGAUGGAGGGCGGGGACGUCAGGAUCCUGCAGGCGCUCCGGGGAGAGCAGAUCGGCUCCUACUUCGGCAGCGUGUUGACCACCGUGGACAUCGACAAAGAUUCCCACACGGACGUGCUCCUGGUCGGGGCGCCCAUGUUCAUGGGGGCCGAGAAGGAGGAGCAGGGGAAGGUGUACGUGUACGCCCUGAACCAGACGAGGUUUGAGUAUCAGAUGAGCCUGGAGCCCGUGGCGCAGACCUGCUGCUCGUCCCUGAAGCACGCCGCGUGCACCAAGAAGAACAAGAAUGAGCCGUGCGGGGCCCGCUUCGGCACGGCCAUCGCGGCCGUGAGGGACCUCAACCUGGACGGCUUCAACGACGUGGUGAUCGGCGCGCCCCUGGAGGACGACCACGGGGGCGCCGUGUACAUCUUCCACGGGCGCGGCCGGUCGCUGCGGAAGCAGCACGCGCAGCGCAUCCCGUCGGGUGGAGACGGCCAGACCCUGAAGUUCUUCGGCCAGUCCAUCCACGGGGAGAUGGACCUGAACGGCGACGGCCUCACCGACGUGACCAUCGGCGGCCUGGGCGGCGCCGCCCUCUUCUGGGCCCGAGACGUGGCUGUGGUUAAAGUGACUAUGAACUUUGAACCGAAUAAAGUGAAUAUUCAGAAGAAGAACUGCCGCAUGGAGGGGAAGGAAACCGUGUGCAUCAACGCGACCGUGUGCUUCCAUGUGAAACUGAAGUCCAAGGAAGACGCGGUCUACGAGGCUGACCUGCAGUACCGCGUCACCCUGGACUCGCUGAGGCAGAUCUCACGCAGUUUCUUCUCCGGGACCCAGGAGAGGAAGGCCCAGAGGAACAUCACCGUGCGCGAGUCAAAGUGCGCCCAGCACUUCUUCUACAUGUUGGACAAGCAUGACUUUCGGGACUCUGUGAGAAUAACCCUGGACUUCAAUCUUUCCGAUCCGGAAAAUGGGCCCAUUCUUGAUGAUUCUCUGCCAAACUCAGUACAUGAAUCUAUCCCCUUCGCCAAGGACUGUGGGAACAAGGACAAGUGCAUCUCGGACGUCGCCCUGGACGUGUCCACGCUGGAGAAGGACCUGCUGAUUGUCCGGUCCCACAACGACAAGUUCAACAUCAGCCUCACUGUCAGAAACAAAGGGGACAGUGCCUACAACACCAGGACCAUGGUGCACUACUCCCCAAACCUGGUUUUCUCGGGGAUCGAGGCGAUCCAAAAAGACAGCUGCGAGUCCAACCAUAACCUCACGUGUAAGGUGGGCUACCCUUUCCUGCGGAGAGGAGAGAUGGUAACUUUCAAAAUAUUAUUUCAAUUUAACACGACCUAUCUCCUGGAGAAUGUGACCAUCCACUUAAGUGCAACAAGUGACAGCGAGGAGCCUCCGGAAACCCUCUCCGACAACGAAGCCAGCGUCGCUGUCCCCGUCAAGUAUGAAGCCGGGCUCCAGUUCUCCAGCUCUGCCAGUGAAUACCACAUUUCAAUCACGGCCAACGAGACUGUCCCUGAAGUGAUCAAUUCCACUGAGGACAUUGGGAAUGAAAUUAAUAUCUUCUACUUGGUCAGGAAAAGCGGGCAGUUCCCGAUGCCAGAGCUCAGGCUGACCGUGUCCUUCCCCAACCUGACGGCAGACGGCUUUCCUGUGCUGUACCCACGCCGGUGGGCCUCGUCCGACAACGCAAACUGCAGGCCCAGGGACCUCCAGGACCCUCUCGGCAUCAGCGCAGGGAAGAAGACGGUCACACUCACGUCGGAAGAUUUCAAGCGAGGCACGAUGCUGGACUGCAGCACCUGCAGACUCGCCACCGUCACCUGCAGCCUGGCUCCCUCUGACGUGACCCAGGUCAACGUGUCGCUGGUCCUGUGGAAGCCCACGUUCCUGAAGAUGAGUUUUUCCAGCUUGAAUCUCACCGUCAGGGCGGAGCUUCGGAGCGAGAAUGCGUCGCUGGUGCUCAGCCCCAGCAACCAGCAGAGAGAGCUCGCGAUCCAGGUGUCCAAGGACGGGCUGCCGGGCCGCGUGCCGCUGUGGGUCAUCCUGCUGAGCGCCUUCGCCGGCCUCCUGCUGCUGCUGCUGCUCAUCCUGGGCCUGUGGAAGAUUGGAUUCUUCAAAAGACCGCUAAAGAAGAAAAUGGAGAAAUGAAACAUUUUACAAGAGAAAAAAUAAUUUUUCAAUGAUCUUUCCUCAGGUUUGCCUCAAAUAUGUGACAAGAAAUUUAUAAAUAUAAUUAAAGACAGUCACAUAAAUUUAUAUAAUCCAUCAGGGUUAAUCACUUGGAAAAUGAAGAGAUCAAGCCAGAUCCAAAAGCAAUACCAUAUAUAUAUUUUAUAAAAUGAUAAAAAUAUUUUUAAAUAAUUACUCAUUUUUGUUGAGUAUUUAAGCAGACAGUGUUUUGAAGAUGAAGAGUAACCUGUAGAAAUAUGUUUAUAUAUGAAAUCACCAAAGUAUUUAAGAAAUGCUUAGAAAGAUUUUUAUGAUCAUUGAAACAUUUACGUUCAGAACAGUAUAAGUUAAGCUUUUUUUAUUGAUUCCUCCUCAAUAUACAUCAGCAUGAAAGUCAGCCUUUGUAAAUGCUGGGGAAGAAAUUAACCGAAGAAGGUUACGCCCCCCGACUCAAGUGGUGAACAUUUCCCGGGUGGAGGCGAUCGUGGACCGAACGGCAUUAAACGCCGAGAAUCAUGCGUUCGGCAGCUUUGUCGUGGACUCAGUCCUCGGGCGGCUUCCUUCCCGAAGUGUUUGGACACUCGUGUGUGCGACUGCGCUGCGACUCGUCCGCGGAUGGGAAAUCGAGGAAGGCUUGUUUGACAGCAAGCGCACUGACGGCUCCGUAAGCUUUGACACAGCAUGCCUCAUUCUGACCUUGAGCUCGAAGCCCACGUCCUGUCCCACUGCAGCCAACAAACAGAAUCCCCGAGAGCAGCCUCGUGUCCCGGCAGCGACUCCUCGCGACAGGCCGCGUCCUGCGUGGGACCCGCUGACGUGGACUCUGAGUGGGACGUCGCAGCGGGAACGGCCCCUGAGGACGGGAGAGGCCCCCAGGGGAGCCGACUCAGCAGCAGCUCCCCGGCCCGGUCCGGCCGCCCAGCCCCCGGCGUGGGGGGGGCGCUGGCCUUCGUUUCUGAAGGCGAUUUGCUGUCCAAGCCUCGGACCCCGAGCAAGGGGCCUCCCUCCGCCUUGCAUGUCACCAGGAGGCCAGGCUUCUGAGCGCGGCCCGAGCAGCACCCAGGACUCCAGAAACGCCUUUCGAGGGACCUCGGGUUUGACCCCUCAGCCCACGGAAGGAUGCCACCCGCGGGGUGUGUGGUUGCUCUGAGGCAGCGUCACGGCGGGACUCACGCGGCCGGAGCUCCAGCUGCUGCGCGUCCGGGCAACUGGCGACGCGGGCACAGCGGCCCACGGGGACCCCGCGCUGGAGCGUGAGCUGGGGCCUCCGCAGCGACCCCCUCUUCCCUCCGACUGGCCGGCACCAGGCCGGCACCUGCCGCCAUCAGAAGGCCCUGGCUCCGCUUCGCUCCAAAUCAGGAAAGGCGUGACAGGCCCUGGGUUCAUUUUUUAUUUUUAAAUAUGUUCUUAUUGAUUUCAGAGAGGAAGGCAGCGGGAGAGAGAGAGAAACACCAGUGAUGAGAGAAUCACUGACCGGCUGCCCCCUGCACGCCCCGCACCGGGA